UCAAGUCCGGGGAGAUGAUCUGGUCUUCUCUCAUUCUACCGUCAAGAAGCCUCAGUCUUUCUUUAACUUGCUUGUGAACGCAAGAUUCUGCAUAUCUGCGCCUGAGAAUGGCGCCUAAAAAGCCCUCUACUACGGCGGAAGUCGCCCUCGUGCCAUUGAAGAACUGUCUGGUGAACUUGCCGCCAUCGCUGGUCACACUGCUGGUCAAUGCCAAUGCUACAGCGCAAAGUGUCAUUGUCGAGCUACAGUACCGGGGUUCUGCAGGAAAGACCAACGGCAGUCCCGCACUGCGGUCAUGUUAUCUAGGAUGGUCAGGAAUGCCAAGCAAGCGAAAGCUUGCACCUGUUGUCGGCAAAGAUGGAAUUAGCAGUAGCUCUGGCUCUAGGGAGCAGGAUAUGUCAACAGUCGAAGUUGAUACUACGUUUGGGCGGGUGCUGGGUCUUGCGGAGGGGCAGAGGGUUGGGAUAUUCAUACAUAUCGACCCCCCGGUUGCGCAUACUAUUAACAUUGAACCGUUGACUCCAGAAGACUGGGAGAUCAUCGAACUUCACGCCACUUUCCUAGAGCUCAACCUAUUAUCUCAAAUUCGGGCUUUACCCAAUCCUACAUACAGCUCGACAGAAGCGGAACAUAUGCAUCCUCUCACACUGCAUCUGUCUCCCACGUCCACAGCUAAUAUUGUCAUUACGUCGCUUACGCCCGCUCCGCCAAAUACUUCUCCAUUCGCGAAGAUAGCUCCUGAUGCAGAAGUAAUUGUGGCUCCGAAGGUUCGUCAGAAAUCUGCGAGGGGAUCUCGAGGGGACAGCCGAAGCGUUAGCGGCAGCAGCAGGAGAAGUAUGGGGGGCAGAAGCAAUGGAAGCACAGUGCGACCGAAAAGCAGCCGGUCAGACUCUACAAGUCGCGGUGCUCUUUACUUGAGAGGUGUCGAUCGCCAGUUUUCUGGUCAGUGGUUUGACGGAGAGUCGGAGGACGAUGGCAAUGAGGGCUUCCGUAUCUGGGUCGACCCCGAUAUGCUCGUCACCAAUGAGCUCCGUGGAGCCGGCUGGGCGUGUGUCACUGUCAUCCAGCCCUCCGGUCUGAAGGCGCCGCCCGAUCCCCAACAACAGUUGAGUCAGGCAGAACAAAAAUCAUCAGAAGUCGGGCUUCCAGCAACAAAGCUUGUCGCUAAGAUUUUGCCGUGGGAGGAUGCACCAGACAAUCAACACGUCGCCUUGUCUACUCUCUUGUGCGCAGCGCUGGGUGCUGAUUGCAUUGUCGGUGGCAUUGUUAGGGUCGAAGCGGCACCUCCGCAACUGCAACGAUCAACUGUGAAGUCACUGAAAAUGUAUCCGUUCAUGUCCGAUCCCUCGAAAAAGAAGGAUGGAUUGAAAUUUGGGGCUGACACUGCGGCGGCCAAGGAUGCGUUGGCGGAACGUGUCAAAGUUAUCUAUGGUAGCUCUGGAACUGAAGGACUACUAUCAGGACCCUUGACUGAUGGCAUGAUUCUGCCAAAGGUAGAGAAUCAAACGUCAGUCUCUGCAUUCGAUGGUGCCAUCCUGCGUUUUGACCCGCCAUUGAAAAACAGUCCUGAAGCAACAAGGCCGGCACUCGGAUGGUUAUUGGGGUCAGAGGCUAAACUGAGCCUUGAAGUGCAAUCUGAAAUACCUAGACCAGCAGAUCAAGGGUCAUCCGCGCUGCCUACGGAUGAUCCCAUCUCUCCUACUAUUCCCGAAAUGGUUGGUAUAGAUUCAAUCAUUUCUCAGUCAAUUGACAACUUAACCAAGUCAUCGUCUAUCCUGGUCACUGGCGGCCUCGGGGCUGGAAAGACCGCUUUGACUCACCUUCUCGCGCAUCGUGUUCGGAAAGAUUAUCUUUUCAACGUGAAAUAUUUCUCUUGUCGAAAACUUGUCACUGACGAAACUCGUAUCUCCAAUAUCAAGGAGACCUUGAAUCGCCUUUUCAUGUCUGCUUCCUGGUGUGCCAGACUCGGUGGACAAUCGGUCGUGAUCUUGGACGAUCUUGACAAGCUAUGCCCUGUUGAGACAGAGCUACAAGUCGGGGGAGACAAUGGCCGCAGCCGGCAAAACAGCGAGGUGAUUUGCUCAAUGGUGCGAGAGUAUUGUACUAUGAAUUCUUCGGUGGUUUUGCUCGCAACGGCACAAUCCAAAGAAUCUCUGAAUAAUGUCAUUGUUGGUGGCCAUGUUGUUCGCGAAAUUAUCCACUUGAGAGCCCCCGACAAAGAAGGAAGACGAAAGGUUCUUGAAAAGCUCACAAGUCAAGACCGAGGCGCUAGCACAACUAAUGGGCAUGGGCAUGUACGAAAUGAGAGUGCAUCCACUCAGGACUCGUGGCUGGAUCCUUCCAACCCUGGGAGCCGUCCGAGUUCUGCUGGAGCUGAUGGCUUUGUGCUUGCGCGGGAUGUGGAUUUCCUCGAACUAGCUGGCAAGACGGAUGGAUACAUGCCGGGUGACCUUGUCUUAUUCGUCUCCCGUGCACGGAAUGAGGCACUUAUACGCUCCGUCCAAGAUCCUCUAGCCGCAUCAAGAGCAAUCAGUUUAGCAACUGAGGACUUUGAGAGUGCUCUCAAAGGCUUUACUCCAGCCUCUCUUCGCAACGUCACCCUCACAUCCUCCACCACAACAUUUGCGGGCAUUGGUGGCCUGCACGGGACCCGGCAAACUCUACUGGAAACAUUGCAAUACCCCACCAAAUAUGCCCCCAUCUUUGCACAGUGUCCUUUGCGUCUGAGAUCCGGACUGCUUCUGUACGGCUUUCCUGGGUGCGGGAAGACGCUUCUGGCCAGUGCAGUAGCGGGCGAGUGUGGACUGAACUUUAUCAGUGUCAAGGGUCCUGAAAUUUUGAACAAGUACAUUGGCGCCAGUGAAAAGAGCGUUCGUGAUCUAUUUGAACGAGCGCAGGCUGCAAGGCCAUGCAUCCUUUUCUUCGAUGAGUUCGACAGUAUAGCACCCAAGCGUGGACAUGAUUCCACUGGUGUCACAGACCGUGUGGUUAACCAGCUUCUCACCCAAAUGGACGGUGCGGAGGGCCUGUCCGGAGUUUAUGUUCUAGCUGCUACGUCACGACCCGACCUGAUCGACCCUGCGCUGUUACGUCCAGGUCGUUUGGACAAAUCUUUACUGUGCGAUAUGCCAUCUCAUUCCGACCGGGUCGACAUUAUCCAGGCCGUGAGCAGCAAAUUGAAAAUGACGGAUGAAGUACUUGCCCGUCUGGACGAGGUGGCAGCACAAACCGCGGGCUUCUCUGGUGCCGAUCUCCAGGCUGUUGUUUAUAAUGCACAUCUGGAAGCCGUCCACGAUGCCCUUGGGGACAAAACUACCAAUGACAAGGGGAACACCAAGAAUGGCGUCAAACAAGCAUCUACGAACUCUAGCACCAAGUCAUUUAUCCAGUUCCUCUAUUCCGAGCAAGGGACCGGCUCAGUGUCCAUGCCCCCUCCAGCGGUUGUUGCCUCGAAGCUCGAAGCGAUGAAGAACUCCCGGCGACGUCAACGGCAAAUGGAGCAAGGAAACGCCAACAAUGCAGCACCAGCACCGACCACGAAUGGGGCGUCCGAGGAGGAGCCACGCGAAGAGAUUUGGGUUCGCUGGGAGCAUGUUGAACGAUCCCUUGCCACCACUCGUAGCUCACUCAGUGCGCCUGAGAGGAGACGACUUGAGGGGAUUUACCGGGAGUUUAUCGAUGGACGUGACGGAGAGAUGCCCACAGGCGAAGGGGGGAGAGAAGUUGGUGGACGGACGAGCUUGAUGUGAUGUGACUGUUGUAUCUAUAUAGUGUUUAUAUAUUUGCAUCCAAUGUAUUUAUUCGGGAUUAAGAAUUAUGAUAAGAUGGAUGUAUGAACUACGACUACAGCGAAUGGAAAAGAAAAGAGAGGGAACUUUAAAAAAAAAAAAAAAAA